CUGCAUCACCAGGAUUACAGGCGUUACCGCUGGCACUAGGCCUUUUAAAGUUUGUACCUGCUCACAAGAAUCUGGCUGCAGACUGACCCUGGUGUGUGCCAACAUGGCCAAGGAGCAGAGGGGACGGCGGGACGGCCAGUGAGCGGGUGCUGAGCUGGGGCAGCCCAUCUUGAGGGUCCUCAGGUGGUCUUUCCCCCAGCAGGGCCGGCUCCCAGGCCUCAGGGUCAGGUAUGCCCUGCUUAUCUGGCUGGGCAUCUUCGCGGGCAGCUGGAUGGUCUAUGUGCACUAUUCAUCCUACUCGGAGCUCUGCCGCGGCCACGUCUGCCAGGUGAUGAUUUGUGACCAGUACCACAAGGGCAUCAUCUCUGGCUCCAUCUGCCGGGACCUGUGUGAGCUCAACAGGGUGGAAUGGAGAACCUGCCUGUCCUCGGCUCCAGGGUGGCAGGUGUAUAGUGGACUUUGGCAGGACAAGGAGGUGACCAUCAAGUGUGGCAUCAAGGAAUCCUUGAACCCUCAGAACCCCCGGCGGGAGCUGGUGCUGUUUGACAAGCCCACCAGGGGCACCUCCAUCAAGGAGUUCCGAGAGAUGACCCUCAGCUUCCUGAAGGCGAACCUGGGAGACCUGCCCUCCCUCCCAGCGCUCGUGGGCCAGGUCCUUCUCAUGGCUGACUUCAACAAGGACAGCAGGGUGUCCCUGGCUGAGGCCAAGUCUGUGUGGGCUCUGCUGCAGCGAAACGAGUUCCUACUGCUGCUCUCCCUGCAGGAGAAGGAGCAUGCCUCUCAGCUGCUGGGCUACUGUGGGGACCUCUACCUUACUGAGGGCACACCCCAUGGCUCCUGGCACGGGACCACACUGCCACCAGCCCUGCAUGCAAUGCUGCCCUCUGCCCUGCACAGAGCCAUCCAGCAGUGGUUCAGUCCUGCUUGGCCCUGGCGCGCCAAGAUUGCCAUCGGCCUCCUGGAGUUUGUGGAGGAGCUCUUCCAUGGCGCAUAUGGCUCUUUCUACAUGUGUGAGACCACACUUGCCAAUGUGGCCUACACGGCCACCUAUGACUUCAAGAUGGCUGACCUGCAGCAGGUGGCACCCGAAGCCACUGUGCGACGCUUCCUGCAGGGCCGCCACUGUGAGCAGAGCUCGGACUGUACCUAUGGGCGGGACUGCCGGGCACCAUGUGACAGGCUCAUGAGGCAGUGCAAGGGUGACCUCAUCCAGCCCAACCUGGCCAAGGUGUGUGAGCUGCUGCGAGACUAUCUGCUGCCGGGUGCGCCUGCUGAUCUCAGCGAGGAACUGGGCAAGCAGCUGCGUACCUGCACCACACUGAGCGGGCUGGCCAGCCAGGUGGAGGCCCACCACUCGCUCGUGCUCAGCCACCUCAAGACCCUGCUCUGGAAGAAGAUCUCUAACACCAAGUAUUCCUGACACCUGGAUGCCCCGCCCUCCACCACUCCUCACCCAGGCAAGCUCCAG